GACGGGGGCCGACCGGAACGGGCGCGCAGCAUGGCGGAAGCGGAAGGGAGUUCGCCGCUCCUGUUGCCGCCGCCACCGCCGCCCCCGCCCGGGAUGGCGGAAGUGGAGGCGCCGACGGCGGCCGACACGGACAAGAAGCAAUUUAGCUGCGCGAGCGGCGGCGCCAUGGACGUUGAGCGGAGCCGCUUCCCCUACUGUGUGGUGUGGACGCCCAUCCCGGUGCUCACGUGGUUUUUCCCCAUCAUCGGCCACAUGGGCAUCUGCACAUCCACAGGAGUCAUUCGGGACUUUGCAGGCCCCUACUUUGUGUCGGAAGACAACAUGGCCUUUGGGAAGCCCGCCAAGUACUGGAAGCUGGACCCUGCUCAGGUUUACGCCAGCGGGCCCAAUGCCUGGGACACCGCUGUGCACGACGCCUCUGAGGAGUACAAGCACCGCAUGCACAGUCUCUGCUGUGACAACUGCCACUCACACGUGGCUUUGGCCCUGAACCUGAUGCGCUACAACAACAGCACCAACUGGAACAUGGUGACGCUCUGCUUCUUCUGCCUGCUCUACGGGAAGUACGUCAGCAUUGGCGCCUUCGUGAAGACCUGGCUGCCCUUUGUCCUCCUCCUGGGCAUCAUCCUAACCGUCAGCCUGGUCUUCAACCUGCGGUGACAGCCGCCCCACCUCCCUGGACCCGCCAGGCUCCUGAAGAGGCAGCCGCCAUCCCUUUUCAUUUCCGAUUCUUUCUUCUCGCCCCGAAAGGCAGGGAUGGGCCUGCUGGUCUUGACCACAGGGGUCUGGGCUACAGGGGAUGGAGUAAGGGCUGAGGAUGGCCCUGGGGCGGAGGGGUUUGCAUUUCGUGUCUCACUGGUCACUCCGCAGCUCCCUGUCCCCACUUCCCAGGCUUGUGACACACACACACACCCCGGCCCAGACACCCUCUGUUGGAAGAGCCUUAGCUUCCCUCUGUAGAGCUGCGUCUGCCACUGCCCACUGGGCUCCCUCUGCCUCAGCCCAGAACCUGGUUGGGGAGGGGAGGAUACUUGAACCCAGCGGACAGGCGGCAUGGGGCCAGAGCUGGAUUCGAAGUCCAUCCUCCUGCCAGGGCUCUCAGCUGCCCGGGGGUUGAUGGGCCCCCCUUGGGAUGUUUGGCCGAGGCUGCACCAGGGGUGGUUGGCGCCCUACUCCUAGCAUCCUCCAGCCCUGCAGCCCCCUCCUCCCACUCCCCUGCGGCCUCCAUGCACUUGCCCCCCCCCCCCCAGCUGCGGUCUGGGCGGGGCUGCCCCACCCAGGCUGGGGAGAUGAGUGACACUGUCAUAUCCAGAGUGACCCUGCAGAUUAGAGCCAUGCAAACGAGGCUUGACCUUGGCCCCAGGUGUGGGCCUGGCACUGGUGAUGGGACCGCUUGGGUCAGCGAUGUCAGGGGGCCCUCAGAGCAGCCAGUGCCACCAGGGAGCUGUUGGUUCCCGCCUACCACAGCUCCCCCUUCUCUUCAAGUUGUGAGAUGGGGCCCGUGCUGCCCCCUCACCCCAGCUCCAUGAAUUCCUUUGUGUGGGGCCCCCUGAGCAGGACAAUAAAGAGUUUUAAUUCCGGA